CAUAACUAACCUAACCUGAAACGCGAGUGUCAUCAGCCAUCAGUUCCGAAGUCUUUCUCUCUGUUUCCGAACAGAUUGAAACAAAUUUUAUAUACAAUACUCGGAACCAGGAAGAAUAUCCGGAACUUGAUGCGGUAAAGAUGAUCUUGUCCGAGGAUAAGGUUCACGAGAGCGUUGUGAAACUCGCUAGGAGCAUAAAUUAUGGCGAUAUCAAAGGCACCUACGAGAUAGUGAUAGCGACGAUCGCGGUUUUGAAAGAAAUCGUAACAAACACGGAAUGGACCACAGCUAAAAAAUUGAUGGAUUCGAUAGUGAUGAAUGGGAAGCAUCUCAUUGAAUCUGCACCUAUAGAGGCAUGCAUAGGAAAUAUGAUACGCCGAGUAUUGCAAAUUAUAAGGGAAGAGUUUUCAUUGGAGUUGAAGAACAAGACAGAUGAGACGGAUCCCCAGGAGUCGUUGCACAAAAUUCUCACUUCUGAGGGAGACAAAGACAUUGAUUUUAACAGAACCGUGCCUUCUCUCAAGUCUGCGCUGAUAGAACAUAUCAGUGAGUUUGAAGCUGAGCUUGAAACUUGUGGAGGAAAUAUCACACAACAGGCUUCAGAGCAUAUACACUCAAAUGAAAUAGUCAUGACCAUAGGUAGAUCAAGACUGGUUGAGCAGUUCUUCAAGAAGGCAGCGGAAACUCGGGCUUUCGAAGUGAUUGUAGCUGAAGGAGCUCCAUUCUUAGAUGGCCACGAAAUGGCAGCAAAUCUGGCAAAAGCCCAUAUCAAAACAACCCUGAUCUCUGAUGCCGCGAUAUUCGCGAUGAUGUCCAGAGUGAACAAGGUCAUCAUAGGCACUCACACAGUCAUGGCCAAUGGUGGUCUCCGGGCAAUCACAGGUUCGCAUACUGUAGCACAAGCUGCAAAGCACUACUCGGUACCUGUGAUGGUGCUUUUGCCCAUGUACAAACUGUCGCCGCUGUACCUGUGCUCGUACGAGCAACACGCCUUCAACAAGCACGUCUCACCCUUCCAAGGUGUCAUCAGUGGAAGCAACACCGCGAUUAUGGAAAAGAGUCAGUCACACAACCCAGUUUUCGACUAUGUGCCGCCCGAUCUCGUAACCCUCUUCAUCUCGAACACUGGAGGAAACGCACCGUCGUACAUUUACAGAUUGAUAAGCGAGCAUUACCAUCCGGACGACUACGAUUUGUAAAUACGCGUGACGUAAAACUUGUCUAUUGGAGAUCCUCAGCUGCUUAUUCUAAUAAAAACAUUAUUUUAUAUAUUAUAA